AUGUCCUCUAAGCGGAGUUUGAAUCUAUUCUUUUCUUUUUCAGAAAUGGUGAUCCUUGGCCCUUUUGGAAAUCGCCCUCGUCUUGGCGACAUUGCCACCCACCCACCUUUUGCUUGGCUUCUCCUCUUCACCUGCAAUCCCAAUUAUGUAAUCUACAGCAUUCUACAAGACUCCGUAGAUGGUCCAGAAAUAGCACAAAUACGAUGUUUGGCUUUGGAAAAUCAAAGGAGAAGGGCGGAGGUGCGACAACGACUAGGAAAGGUCCUCAUGUCGGUAACAGACGCAAUUUCCACUUGGGAACAUGGCUGCGUCUGCACGGUGUUGACAUCAUCACAAUGUUGUUCGCUGGCACCGGCGUAUAACCACUACUUUCCUAUCACAUUCUCUGAUGGAGAGGCGCGUAAUAGGAAUGCUGUAGAUUACAUAAUUGGGAUUGCAGGUGAAGAGGAGAAGCCAAGCAAAAGGUGGGUGGGUGGCAAUGUCGCCAAGACGAGGGCGAUUUCCAAAAGGGCCAAGGAUCACCAUUUCUGA